AAAGUACACGUUCGACCGCCACUGUAACGCAUUUGACUGUAUAUGCUUCGAUAAUGAGCUUCGACUUUAUAUCAUUCAGAGAGGAGAAAGUCACGUAGCCUUAGAUCGUUCAGCAUGGAAAUGUUAACAAUCUAGUGUCGCAACCGUGUCCACUAUGGAAGGUGAUCCGAAUCUGAAAUCGGAGCAUGCAGAGAUACGUUCGUUUGUGCUGUUCAAAAACGUCACCCAGAGGACGGUGGACAUUUACUGGGUGAACUAUUCGUCCAAAUUUGUCCAUUACUCGGAAUUGGCUCCGGAUGCCCAGGUACCGGUCAACACGUACGUUACCCAUCCGUGGGUGUUCGUUGAUAAGCUGACCGGUGAACGGAUGCUGGUCAAAAGCAAACCGGUGUACAAUCCGGAACCGUGGUACACGAAUAUUGACGCAAACGGUAAGCUGAACCGAAUCGAAGUUCGAAUACAUUAUCCUCUAAGAAGCUUGAAAGGUAUCUGCACGUGGAAAGUGUUCUCCUCGCUGCAAGAUAAGCAUCACUUUAUCGAGCUGGAUGUUCCAAAGACUCUGAUCGACGAUCUGAGGUCGUGCUAUAAUCUCUAUCUGAUGAGUAGUAAGUUAGGCAAGUAAGGAACACGUGAUGUAGAUUUAUUUUAAGGGUAGUUUUUAAGAGAAAUUUUAGGGAAAUUUUCCGGGACAAUAUUCCAAGAAUAUUACAUGAAAUGGAAUCGAGGGGCAAUGUUCUCUAAAUAAAUGUAACGGAGUGAAAAUCAGAC